AUGCCAGAAACGCAUGAGCGGUUCGCUGAUGAAACAUCCCCUUUGGUGGGAGCAUCUGACAAUAAUCAAGUGCAUUCGAUGUCAAGAAAUGGAGAUAACAACGGGACCAGCGGGGCUGGAGAUGCUCACCAUCUGUCCGAGACGAAGAGCAGCUGGUACCUGUUUUUGUUGACUUUGAGCAUUGGCGGUCUCCAGGUUGUGUGGUCCACUGAGCUGUCGAAUGGAUCGCCCUACCUCCUGUCUCUUGGAAUGAGCAAGGCUCUGCUUGCAUUCGUUUGGAUUGCUGGCCCUAUAACAGGUACCCUUGUGCAGCCGUAUAUCGGCAUUUGCAGCGACAACUGCCGCAUUUCAUGGGGCAAGAGAAAGCCGUUCAUGGUUGUGGGCGGCAUUGCAACGGUCAUUUCUCUCCUUGCCCUCGCUUGGGUCAGGGAGAUGACCGGAGGCUUCCUUGGGCUUUUCGGUGUCGAUCCAGCUUCUAGUGCAACGCGGACAGUGGUCAUUGUACUGGCCACCAUUUUGAUGUACUGCCUCGACUUUUCUGUAAAUACUGUGCAGGCAGGCAUCCGGUGUUUCAUUGUGGACAAUGCCCCUUCGCACCAGCAGGAGGCGGCAAAUGCAUGGGCUAGCCGGCUCACCGGUGUUGGUAACAUUCUCGGAUAUAUUUUUGGAUACAUGGAUCUACCGAAAUGGUUCCCGUUCUUGGGAAACACGCAGUUCAAAGUCCUAUGUGCAUUGGCGUCCAUCGCACUUGGGAUAACGUUGUUGGUUAGCUGCCUAUACAUCAAGGAACGUGAUCCCCGUCUAGAUGGAACGCCUUCAUCGGGGAACCCUGGGCUUGUAACAUUCUUCAAGCAGGUUUUCAAGUCGAUCAAGCAUCUACCGCCAGAGAUUGCCAAGGUGUGCGAAGUUCAACUUGCCGCGUGGGUGGGUUGGUUCCCUUUCCUCUUCUAUUCCACGACAUAUAUCGGGCAGCUCUUUGUGAAUCCGAUCUUCGAUGGACACCCCGGUCUCUCGGAUGAUGAUAUCAACAAAGCUUGGGAGGAAGCUACGAGGAUUGGGACAUUCGCGCUGCUGGUCUACGCAAUCAUCUCAUUUGUGACUAAUUUGACGUUGCCUGUACUUGUUGUUCCAACCUACAAGUCGGCUGUUCCUUCUGAGCCUACGCCUACGGAAGGUCAGUCAGAGGAUGAGCCCUUCCUAGGCAAUAGAAGGCUGUCGACAUCCUCGAUUGGCACUGCAAUGGAGGCACCCGCGCCCAUCUUGGGAAUCAACAAGGGUGAUUCAGGGGAAGAUAAGUGGCUAUCGAAGUUGCAGAUCCCCGGAUUCACCCUUCGGCGUGCGUGGCUUAUGUCGCAUAUCCUGUUCGCUGUCUGGAUUUCGUGGGCAUUGACGCUUUGGGCACCCUUUGCCCUAAUCUCUGCGGAGGUCUCCCGCAUUGACACGGAGCGGAUCAUCCUCGGACUGCACAAUGUGGCCAUCUCAGCGCCACAAAUCAUCUCGAGUCUAAUUUCUAGUGCGAUUUUCAAGGCGUUCCAGAAGCCUCGGGGUGAGCCGUGGGAUGAUAGUGUCGGGUGGGUGAUGAGGUUCGGGGGCUGCGCGGCAGUAUUGGCGGCUGUGCUGACCAGCAGGCUUACCGAGGGAGCACGGGGAGUGCCUGUUUCAUCGUAG